AUGGCACCAGAGGACAAGAUAGAAUAUGAAAAAUUAGCUCAGUGUAGUGCAAACUACGUCAUCAUCGACAAGGAGCUCUACAGAAAUACUGCAUCCACAGGCAACCUGGUGAAGAUCAUCACCGACCUUGGCAAGCAGUUCACAGGCUCCGAGCUCUGGGACUUUUGCCAGGACAACCUCAUCAAUGUGUACUACUCCUCAGUAGUGCACCCGUGCUACAACGGUCAAGUCGAACGUGCGAACGGGAUGGUCCUCCAGUCCCUCAAGUCUCGCAUCUUCGACGACGCGUCCAAGUACGCCAACAAGUGGCUUCUCGAGCUACCCCAUGUCAUAUGGGGCCUAUGGACCCAAAAGAGCCGUGCUACUGGCUACACUCCUUUCUUCAUGGUCUACGGCUCAAAGGCCGUCUUGCCAUCCAACAUGGCCUUUGGCGCCCCACGCAUCUAG